UUUGUUCCACCCUUCCCGUUCAGUUAGAAAAUUGAGAAACACAGUUUAUUUUUGGUUGGCGGUGCUAAAAACAGCUAGUUUGGGUGGUCUGGGGGAAUUCUCAACAAGUUGUUUUACAAAGGGAUUUGUUUCAGACCCACACGGUUUUGUUUGAUGCGGAGAUUAGCAUUAGCUUGCAGGGGCUUGCAUGUGCUUAUCAGUUCGCACAUUGUUUUUUUUUUUGGGGGGGGGACUCUAAACGCAAUCCGUUUGCAUUGUUCCAUGGAUUUUGCAAGUACUCCACUGUAUACUUGCAAGUGCAACAUGAAGGAAUGGAAAGUCAGACUCUUAUCUUAUCUUAAAAAGUCCAAGCUUUGUCUGAUCGUUGUAAAACAUUUCCUCGCCGUGCCCCCUUAAGAGAAAAAAAAAGUGUCGGCUUUCACUUCUUCUUCCUCACGGUCCUAUCAGGUGUACUUUGAACAGGCCCGUGUUUGACUGAAAGCGACCUCGCACAGGAUGGGUGGGGUAGGCGAGAGGCGUGUGUCGCAACAGAACGGGAGAAACAUUAGGAAACAUGCUCAGGCAAAGUAUGGGAUCGAAUGGAAUCCUGGAAACUUAAGGAAAGAUCGCUCUUCCUGAGGUCGAACCUUCGAUGAGAGAUUUGCUAUGGAGAGCCCCAGCGAGACCUCAAAAAUCCUGGAGAAGGGUCCAGAUUACCUUCGAAAGCAAAUGGAACUGGAGAGUGAGGUCAAAGGGCCCAUGAGUGCCGUGGAGAGACUGGCCGCCAGCAAACCCAAAUACGUGAAAAGCCAGCAGGUGGUCAACUCCACUCAGGAGCCACUGAUCAGCCUGCCGUCCGCUUCAAGCUCCUUGUCCUCUAACUGGAGCUCAACGCAUCCCCAAGUGUCUCCGCAGGACUGCUCCCCGGCGCAGGUACGUCGCUCCAGCUCGAAAAAGCGACCCGACUCCAUCCUGCUUUACAGGCAGAAAUGUGAACUGCUGCGAGGGGCCGGCCAUGACCGCAAACAUCACAUCACGCGUAAAUUGCUUCGAAGCUCCGCGAGCAAAACAACAACCUUACCCGAGACGGCUGAGAAGGAAGUCGACCCUGAUGGCGGUAAGGAAGAACCCGGCACACCUGAAGAAUCUGCAAGGGAACAUUGCUCAAGUGCAAAGACCCCAACAUUAGAGAGAAGGCGGAACGGAGCGACCAGAAACCUGAAGAGUGGUCCAAAGGAGACAUCCACUAAUCUCCUGAAUGUCCCCGUCAGGAGAGGUAAAGGGGUGGGUCGAUCCCGCUCGGAUAUCAGCUCCAGGUACUCCAAAAACUUUGCGGACUUUGACUCCUUCUUCAAGUACUGCGGCCUGGACGGGGAGGUCAUCGAGUCUCUGGGUAAGGAGAAUUUCUCGGCACGCUCGGACGAGAUGACGCUCAAGGUGCGCAGCGUUAGCGUGGCCACAUCGGACGGCGGCUUCUCCCGGAACAGCGACGACAGCGAGGGGCUGCAAGAAGAUGUCCUGCACAAGAAGAUCCGUCAGGGAACAUCGGUCAUCGAGCGAAAUGCAAGGAUUAUCAAAUGGCUAUACAGCUGCAAGAAUGCUAAAGAGAGUGGGAAAAAGUUGAGAGACCUGGACUAAAAUCCAUCCACUCAUCAUCUAUUUUUGAUACUGAUUGUCCUCAUCAGGAUCACGGAACAACUGGGGCUGAUCGCAGCUGACUUUGGGCGAAAGGCGCCGUACACCCGGGACUGGACUGGACAAGACAAGGCUCACAAAAACUCAUUCACUUAUGGCCCCCGGGGAUUGAAAAAAAAUA